AUGGAGCCAGAGCCUGACCUCAGGUACUCUACUGUGCCUCAGCACCCCAAGCUAGAGCUUGACCUCAGGUACUCCACUGUGCCUCAGCACCCCAAGUUAGAGCUUGACCUCAGGUACUCCACUGUGCCUCAGCACCCCAAGCUAGAGCUUGACCUCAGGUACUCCACUGUGCCUCAGCACCCCAAGCUAGAGCUUGACCUCAGGUACUCCACUGUGCCUCAGCACCCCAAGCUAGAGCUUGACCUCAGGUACUCCACUGUGCCUCAGCACCCCAAGCUAGAGCUUGACCUCAGGUACUCCACUGUGCCUCAGCACCCCAAGCUAGAGCUUAAUUCAGGUACUCCACUGUGCCUCAGCACCCCAAGCUAG